AUGGCAACUCAGAGCGCUUCCGGCCACGAAUCACCAAUUAUGCAAUUUCGCGACUUAUGGAUUUACAUCCAGUCCGCCAGUGGCCUCCCCGAGCGGAAGCUUGCCAAAGGUACGGCAGACGACCACAGCGAGAUGACGGAGGCAUGCCUCGUAUCGCUGGGUCACAAUGUGCCUGAUGAUCGCAGAAAAGAACUUCGCUGUGGCCACAAGGCCCUGACAUGGUCGAUAGAGUUCCAUAUUGUUGAAAGAGCCGGCAGAGAGGUGGUCCUUGGAUCCCACGACUGCGAGCAAGUUCGCGCCGCCGACGAUCCGGGCGCGUUCAUAGUGGAAGCAUCCAAGAAGAGCAAAGAAGAGCAACAGCAACACAAACAGCAGAAGGCAAAGGACAAAGAGCGCGAAAAGAAGGAGCGCGCAGAGGAACAAGCAGCCAAGCGGGCUGCACUGAGCUCACAGCAAGAGGAGAAAGACAAAGAGCGUGAAAGGGAACAAGCAGCCAAGCGGGCUGCACGGCUCUCACAGCAGAAGAAGUAG